CUACUCCUCUUCCCCAUAAGGAAUUCGAAAUUUGAACAAACGUUCACUUCUCCUGUUACCAUCAGAAUCGAAAAUUUAUCUUCCAUUAACGUUUACUUUUUUCCGCAAAAAUGAUGAAGAAGCUUGAAAGUUCGCAUUGUGUUAUCCCAUUGGUAGUAGAUUUAUCUUCUUCAUCCUCCGAUGAAGAAACUCCAUUGAGACCUAUAAUCUGCCUCAAAAAGAGAGAGCAAUUGAAGGAGUUUGAAGAGAAAGAAGAUUGCUUUAUCCUCGAUUUUGAUCCUUAUGAAUCCAUAGAUAUCUCAAAGCUAUCUGUUUCCAACAAUCUUGAUACUUCUGACCUUUCUGUUGUCGCCGAAAAAGGAGAGGUGGCAUGUCGAGAUUUUCCACAUCCAAGGCAUGCCUGCGCGAAACAUCUGUUUGAGAAGACACUUCACCAGGAUUACUGUGAAAUGUGUUAUUGCUAUGUCUGUGAUGUGGCUGCUCCUUGCAAAUCCUGGACUGGGGAUUCAGGGCAUUGCCAUGCCAUGAAUAAUGAGGCUUGGAAUGCUCUGAGGAACGCCCUGAGAAAGUAACUGAAGUUUAUCCUCAACGAAAACGACUUCCCUAGACUUGUAAUUUUUGUGCAAAGUGAUGGCUCGAUCUGCCCGUGAGCUGCAGUAUGGUUACGUACCUAGUUAUGAUCUGGGAUAUUAAGUUGGAUACGAGGUCGGUAUUCAAGUGUCUCUCAAAAUUAAGCUAGAUUUUUGUAGAUAUUUUGCUUAAGGUAUGUAAAAAUCUGGGAUGAGCAUGUUCCCUUCUGGUAUAUUAGCGGUUGAAGUGGAAAACUAUUUCACAACAGCCCUUCUUUCUGUUCUUUUUGAAGCCAACUCCUUUUAUUUCUGUGUUGCCAUGUUGCAGAUGAAAUCUUCAAUCUUUGUGAGUACUUUUUAA